CGGCAAACAUAAGCAUAAUACUUAUAAAAAGAAAAAAUUAAAUGUGGUGCGAAACAACAUUAGAUGUGGAACGAUUUGGCAUAAUGGCCGUUGGAUCAUUAGGGCAAAUUCACAGCCACAUGAUUACAUCCUCCAUCAUCGCCGCAUCCUUCUCGUUUAAACUAGCUGCCAAAUCUCCAUCUUUGACCUAGGGCUUCUUAUCGUUCGGGUCAUUCAGACAACAUCCAACUAUAAAUACAUCCCUCCUCAACUCCUUCGAAUCUGCGAUCCGUUGCCAUAUGAUUUUUGAGGCUCUUUUGAAGGAAAAAACUGGAUUAUGAGGUGUUAAAUCUUCAAGAGCAUCGCCUGUUUUAUCAUUCAAAGCUAUACGUUCGAUGAUUGGUUCAUUUUGGCGUGUAAGAUUGAUGUGAAUCAAACAAAGAAGACUUGAUGUUUAUGCAUUAUACUCAAAGGAGGAAACGUGAUUAUUGUUUGGAUCGCCAGAGAAUCGGCGGCUUUUCGUUAUUCGGAUGAUGGAGGUCCAGUCAAAUAUGGAGCAAAGUUUGCAGGUUACUCUGAACUACUUUUACCUUACAAGCUAUAAGUUAAUUGUUUAGAACCAGUCUAAACUAAAACAUACCAGAAUGGAUUUAGAACUUUUGAACCAUAUCAAUGUGGACUUAAAAUGGAACAUACUGAAAAAAGGUCGUAGGAGCAUGGCUAGACGCCCGAGGAAGACAGGGGCAGACACUUUUGAAUUGGGUAACAAAAAACAAGAUCCAACUGCUUUUGAAACAAAGAAGGUAGUUGACACCCCUUUGAAGAGAAGAAGACUUGUGCACCAAUCCCCAUCUACACCUCCUCAAGUUUCAUGUCUCCAUGGCAAUGGGGUUCUUCCACCUGGACCUCAGACUCCUUGUGUCCAUUAUGAAGAUCCUAGUCAGCGGUAUCAUUCUUCACUAUCUCAGAACCUGAAAACAAAGUCCAAGACUCGAUUGAGAAACAGUAAUAAAUCAAAUCCGACAAAAAAAGUUGACUUUUCAGGUAUUGAGCUUCUUGCUGCUGCUGCAUGCAGCAGCUUCAUUCAUGAUGAUGCAGAUUAUGUUGAUGAUCAAAAAGUGUUGAAAGAAGACACAACAGCAGGAGUUGAUUCAUGUGCUGUUGGUAUAAAAGAAACUUUGAUAUCAACGGAGUCAGACGAGGCAGAGAAAAAGGUUGCAUUAAGGUUACAUUGGGACUUAAAUACUGUAAUGGAUGAGUGGGAGGAGCCUUGUGAUGGGUUGCUGGUUAAAUCUCAGCCUCAGGAAAAUUGUUCAGAAGGUGUAAAGAUGAAGUUAGAAGAAGGGUAUGAAAGUAGAUGCACCGAAGGUGUAUCCGUGAAUCAAUUGGGUUUGAUUGAAAGGUGUAAUGAGAAAACACAUGAAUCGAUUGAAGAUUUGGGCAUAAAGACAUCAGAUUGUGAAAGCUGUGUGAGUAAAUCAGAUAUACAAGAAGAAAGCAAUGUGAAGGAUUCAGAUUCAGAUCAGCAGGAGGGUGUUUGUGAAGAAGUAAUUAUUGAAGGUGGUUGUGAAUCCCCUAAAGUGUUGAAAAGUUAUUGUGAGAAGAAAGGUGGUUCAGAAGAUGGGUGUGGUUCAAUUCAAAUGUCACUGAAGAUGAACAUGUGA